CCCCUCCUCCUCCUCCUCCUGCUUCUUCUUCCAUUCCUUUGAUCCCUUCACCUUUCUCCUCCAUGGACAAGGCAGAAAGAGAGACUCAUGACUUCAUGAAUGUAGAAUCCUUCUCCCAACUCCCCUUCAUCCGCCCUGCGCCUAAUAUCAAAGAAAAGGGCGCCAUCCGCCUCUUUGGCAUAGAAUUCGGCGGUGGUGGCAGUGGCGGUGAUGCGGUAACCAAUGAGUCCGAGUCAGGAGAGACUAACGAAGAUGGCACCGUGAAGGAGACCGACAACGGUGAUAAUACCCGGCGGUUUGAGUGCCACUACUGCUGCAGAAACUUCCCUACUUCCCAAGCCCUAGGCGGCCACCAGAACGCUCACAAACGGGAACGCCAGCAUGCCAAACGCGCGCACCUCCAGUCCACAAUGGUGCAUAACUCCCUCUCUGACGCCCAUAUCUACGGCCUCGUCAACUACAGGUUAAGCUCCACCUCGGGCCCCGCACCAACCACCAUGAAUUACCCUUCCUGGAACAGCAACAUUAGUACACCCAGAGGGUUUUACGGCGGCCACAGCUCAUAUAACUCUCAACCACCAAUCAACGGAAGUCCAUUAGCACUAUGGCGAAUCCCCACUGUUCAAAGUGGCAGCAGCUUCAACCGUGACCGUUCCUCCCACCCGUUGCCUUUGUUCGCCGGGGACGAGCUGAAGCCACCGGGAGUUGGUGGUUCAAGUUCUCAAAGUCGGUACGUCUACGACUCAAAGCCUAAAGAUCAAGUGAGUUUGGAUCUACAUCUGUAAUAUUUCGGUAACUUCAUUAUAAAGAGGGAAAAAAUCGAGAAUUUAAUUUCUUUAGCUGUUGGGGGAAAAAAUGAGGCCAUUUCUAAGGAUCUCCUUUCUUCUUUAUAACAUCUUGGGUUUAUUUUUAGUAUGAUUAAUAUGUACAUGAAACGAUUUAACGUUGCUCUUGAAUGUUGAAAGACAUCAACUAAUCUUCGAAAACAUGAGCAUAUCUCAUGAUCAUGGAACAACCCCUUUUGUUUUUAGAAUUCUUCACACGUGAGAGGAAUAUUUUUGGGAGUGGUUAUCAGUGAGGAGCGCUUGAACAUCUGUUAAGACACACACGUGUUCGUAGAUCUAUAUGUUGUCUGUCUGAACACAGGUGGAGAGAUAGCUAUCUAGGUGGGCUUCUAUUCAGUGCAACAGAGAUGAUGAUAAGGCUUUGAUGAUGCCUAUUCUCUUCUGCAUGAAAUGCAGAAAGAAUAUGAUAUUUCCAUGGCAUUUUUCAGUCAUCAUCUCCACCUCCUCCUCCUCCUCCUCCUCCUUCUCCUUCUUUUUUAAUUUUCCUUUCUUUAUAAUACAUAUGAAUUUUUAGG